AUGCGGUCGCCUAAGCGGCUGCGCUCGAAGCCGUUAUCGGUUGGGAUCGGGAAAGAACCAUUGAAAACAACAACAAUCAGUGGUGCUAGUAAGCGUUCCACCUCGAUCCUAACCUCCACUCAGCUCAAGCAACUCAAGCGCGCCCGCUUGCGUAAUUGCACCGACUUUUACGUCGUUCUGGCCCUAUCAUACUUCUGGGGGAACUCAUUUCACCUCCACAUAGAAAUCUCUCCUUUCACAAAAAUAACAACAAAUUACAAGUUUAUUGAACACGACUGA